AUGCUUCCCAGAUAUCAUCAAAGCAUUGGGAAGGUGGAGCUGGUUGUGGCCGGUGCAGGCCCAUCCGGCUUGGCAGUGGCUGAGAGAGUGUCGCAAGCAGGUUACAAGGUCUGUGUGAUAGACCCGUCACCCCUCGCUGCGUGGCCGAACAACUAUGGUGUCUGGGUCGAUGAGUUUCGAGCAAUGGGCCUUGAUGACUGCUUGGAUCAUGUGUGGGAUAGGGCAGAAGUAUUCCUCGACAGCAGCCCCUCUGGUCUCAAACAUCUUGCGAGGCCUUAUGGGCGAGUAGACAGAGCCAAGCUAAAGCGCAAGCUGCUGCAGCGGUGUGUGGCGCACGGGGUGGUCUUCCAGGAGGCCAGGGUGGAGGAGGUAGUGCAUGCAGAUGGCAGCUCACAAAUUACCUGCUCUGACGGCACCAGGAUACCGGGCUGCAUGGUGCUUGAUGCCACCGGCCAUGCGCGCAAGCUCGUGGAAUAUGACAAGCCCUUCAACCCAGGCUACCAGGGGGCCUAUGGAAUACUGGCAGAGGUGGAGAGCCACCCAUUCCCCACAGAUGCAAUGCUCUUCAUGGACUGGAGGGACGAGCACACGGCUAGCAACCUACAAAUGCAGGAGAGCAACAGGAAGCUGCCCACUUUCCUGUACGCGAUGCCCUUCUCCAAGACGCGCAUCUUCCUGGAGGAGACCUCCCUCGUGGCGCGCCCUGCAGUCCCUUUCCUGGAACUCAAACAGCGGCUGGAGGCGCGCAUGGCGAAGUACGGCAUCAAGAUAAAGGCGAUCGAGGAGGAGGAGUACUGCCUCAUUCCCAUGGGCGGGGUGCUGCCGCGGCUGCCGCAGCGCACCCUCGGCAUUGGUGGCACAGCUGGCAUGGUCCACCCCUCCACAGGGUACAUGGUGGCGCGCAUGCUGGGAGCGGCGCCUGUUCUGGCGGAUGCCAUUGUGGAGCAGCUGUGCGCUGCCAGCGAUGCUGCUGCGCAGUCGCACCUGCCGCCCGGAGCCGUCACGGAAUCCGACGCCGACCGUCUCUCUGCCGCAGUUUGGCACUCCAUCUGGCCCGUGGAGAGGAUCCGGCAGCGCGCCUUCUUCAGCUUUGGCAUGGACGUCCUGCUGAGCCUGGACCUAACAGAGACGCGCCAGUUCUUUGCAGCCUUCUUUGCGCUCUCAGACCACCACUGGCAGGGCUUCCUGUCGGCGCGGCUGUCCUUCCUGGAGCUGAUAGGCUUUGGUCUGUCGCUGUUUGCCAAGUCCAGCAACGAGGCGCGCCUGAACCUGCUUGUCAAGGGGGUGCCAGGCCUGGUCGGCAUGCUGGCCGGCCUCACAGGCACCAUCGGCUAUGAGAAGCGGCUGCUCGGCAAAAAGGAACAGAUCAGAUAG